GAAGCAUUUGGUGAAAUGUUGUCAGAGCUGAAAAUGGAGAUACACAGAACCUCAAAACUCCGACUUAAGGACAUCCUCGAUGUUGGAUGUGAGAGUGUAAAGAACGUGGACCUUCAGUCGUUAGAAGACGUACCCUGGCACUUCCUACAGAAACUCAUGGCACUUAAUGUAAUGGCAAGGGACACACAAUUUGACCAAAAAAAUGUUAAUAAUGAAGGGGAUGAAAAUGGAGAUCAAGAUCCAUAUUCAGAUUUUCUACCUAUUACUGAAACAAACACAGCCAGUAUCCACCCCCUGGAUGUUCUAUGUGCUGUCCUGCAUUGUUCAGAUCAUUUUCUACAACAGGAAAUUGUAACCAAGAUGUCCAUGUGCCAGUUUGCUGUCCCUCUUCUGCUCCCUACUGGGGAUGGCUCUAACUGCACCUUCAUGCUAUGGGCAAUGAGAGACAUUGUGAAGAGAUGGGGAACGCAAUCAUCAGAAGGCAGCACAGGAUUUGUGGAAGAAAAUUUGGUGACAAUCAAGAUGCCGACCUUCUCAUUUGUCAGACUCGGAGAAUUUCACUUUUCAAAAUCUAAAAUCCUAAAUAGUAUUCUCAGUCCAGCCCAUAAUGCUCAUGAAUUCUUUGUGCAUCGAGACAUGGAGAGUGCAAAUGUUCCUCGGAAAAUAUCUGAUGCAUUGGUGGAAAUAUCCUGGUAUUUUCCAAAACAAAAUGAUAAUAUAUUCCCGGGUCCUAUUGCUGUGACCAAUCUGCGUGGAGAUCUGAAAUCUAACCUGAAACAGUUCAGACUUUUAACGAGCAUUUCAUCAGCUGUAUUUAUAUUUACUGAGAAAAUAACUGAAAGAGAAUUCAAUAUGUUAGCAGAUCUCGGGGGAACAGACACAAGUUAUUAUUUCAUCAUCGACAAUGCACCCAACAAAGAGGAUAAAAGAAAGACAGCCAAAUAUCUGAACCAGUUAUUUCCAAUACUAAAACUAGACAAAUCACACGUCUUAGUAAAAAGCAGUCAAUCAAAUGCUGCAAAGUUAAGCCUAAGGCUACAAAAUAUUAUUGCAAAUCUUACAAAUAACCCUGAAAAAAUUACUGAUUUGGAGAAUAUGGCACUUAGGGCGGCUGAAUUCAAGAUACACAUAGACGAGAGUUCAGAAGAAUGUCAGAAAGCAAAGAAACAUGCGCUGGAAAUCACUGCGGGAAUAAAAGAUGUAACACAGUGGAAGAAGGAAACAAUGAGACUGCAGGGAAAUCUAUGGAAGAAGAUAUCACGAGUAGAAAAAGAAAUGUGUAGAAGGAAAUACCAAGGUGUGAAAGAUUCUGAAAGCUACCAAUCAGAACUUAAAGAAAAACUGUUAAAUUACCGCAGGGAACAGAGUCAGUACAAGAUGACGGAUUCUUUGAUCAAGUUUUCUUCUGCCAUCACCACCUUAUCUCAGGUGGAGAAAAAUUAUUUUGUGAAAUGGAUGAAAUGUUACCUCGAUGCUAUUGGAAGAGAUAACCUGGCUAAACUUCGUGCACAAUACAAGAAUAACUUGAAAAAUAUGUCACCAAAUGAAGUAAAGGAAUUAAACCAGCAAACAUCUGAAAGUUCUUUGGGAAUUGAACAUUUCCUGCGUGAAUUAGGGCAGUUUUAUGAAUCAGAAUGUGCAAUUCUUAAAGAAGGAGACAGUAAAACAGACCAGAGACAAUUCAGUCAUCUCCCGGGAAUAGCUGCUGAUCUCCUGCUGGAUGGGUUCCCACUGGAGCUGAUCGAUGGAGAAGCAUCUAAUAUUCCUCUGCGGUGGAUAACUGAUGUCCUGACAGAGCUGGACACCAAGACAGGAGGACAAUGCAGAAUGAGAGUCAUCACUGUGCUGGGAGUUCAGAGUACAGGGAAAUCCACCCUUCUGAACACCAUGUUUGGUUUGCAGUUCCCGGUGGCCAGUGGACAAUGCACACGAGGGGCUUUCAUGACACUAAUUAAUGUGAAAGAAGACUUCCAUGAAGAUCUGGGCUGUGACUUUAUACUGGUGAUUGACACUGAAGGUUUAAAAAAUUCUGUAUCAAUUUCUGAUGAUCAAAAUUAUGAAAAUGACAAUGAGCUGGCAACACUUGCGGUUGGGUUAAGCGAUAUCGCCAUAAUUAACAUGGCCAUGGAAAGCACAGCGGAAAUGAAGGAUAUUCUACAGAUUGUGGUCCACGCAUUUAUAAGGAUGACAAAAGCAGGAAAGAAACCCAACUGCCAGUUUGCUCAUCAGAAUGUGAGUGACGUGUCGGCUCCUGAUAACACUUUGAUUGAAAGAAUAAAACUAAUGGAAGAACUAAAUAAAAUGACUGAAAAAGCAGCAAAAAUGGAGAGUAAUAGAGCUAAAUCUUUCUCUGAUAUCAUUGAGUAUAAUCUCGAGGAGCACAGCUGGUAUAUCCCCAGUCUCUGGCACGGGGUACCACCCAUGGCUUCAGUAAAUUCUGGGUACAGCGAAAAUAUUUUCAAAUUCAAACAAUAUUUGUUCGACUUUAUGAAAAAAAACAAAUCAAACAAAAUGUCGCAGCCACAAGAUAUCGCAACAUUUGUUAAAUGGUUAAACAACCUGUGGAAGGAAGUCAAACAUGAGAAGUUUCUCUUCAGUUUUAGAAACAUUCUCGUCGCUGAAGCUUAUGACAACCUCACAAAAAAAUAUUGUGAGUUAGAGUGGGAUUUCCGGAAAGAAAUACAGAAAUGGAUGAAUGAGACAGAAAAUCUUAUCAAGAACCUGCCGAUCGAUGAUCUAGAUAACCAAUUAGCUACAAACAUAAAACCUGAAAUGGGAGAGUUACUAGAUAGGGAGGAACAGAAAAUGCACGAUUUGUUAGAAACCUACUUUAAAAAUGGCUGUGAAAACCCAACGCUCACACAGCAGUACGAAAGCCAGUACUUAUUUGGAAUAAAAGGUCUCAGAAUGAAUAUUGAAACUUCUCUUUCACAAAAAUGUUUGGAAGUUAUACAAAUACAAAAAGGAAAGCAGGAAAUACAACUUAUUAAAAGCAUGUACAUCAAUAUAAUUGAGGUCAAGGUGAACAUACUUUUGGAAAACUGUAAAAAAAAGCAUGGUUUAAGCCCCAAGGAGGCAAUACAGGAAUGUGAAGCAAUAUUUGAUGAAAUUAUGACAGAAUUUCAGUUUCAUACAUUAGUUAGACACAAUGUUGAACAGGAAAUGCUGAAGCAACUAAAGACCGAGAUGGUGAAUAAAGGAAGUUCGAUACGUCAGAGAUUAGACCAUAUCAUUAAUUUAAAAGAUGAGGCAGACCUUUUUCACAUUUCUGCAGAGCACAUUGACUAUGAUUGGUUGACAUUAAAAGAGUUUUCUGAGUUCGAGCAAAUAAAUUAUAAAAAUGAGGCAAAUGAUUUUGCUGCGUCCUUGAUUGACAGCUGUCAUUACUUUGUCACCCAAAAAGUUAUCACAAAAGAAGAUUACAAUGAAAUCUACUGCAGGGAUUUAUUGAAUAUGAUCAAUGAAAGGUUAACGCCAUCUGCUGCUGAGAAGCUUUGCACUAAAACCUUGUUUGAGUUGGACCUGAAGCUUCAUAUCCUGGGGAAAGCAGUGGUGCAAUUUCAGAAGAUGCACAAUGACUUUAUACAAGAAAAUGAUCCGAAACACAUGCUCAUCAAUCUAAAAGCUCGCUACUCUUCCUGUUUUAACAAUAUAUUGCAGCAACAAAAUGCCUCUAAAGAUUGUGCAAAACACUUCUGUGAAUCGUGUCUGAAGCCGGCAAUUAUUGAAUACAUCAAUAAAAACCUAGGUGGAGAGAUGGUGGAUGACAUGCUGGAUAGCGAUGACUCCUCAAAGUAUAAAAGUCGCAGUAUCUUCCAAUACCACGUCCUCAAGGAAUUACUAGAAAAGAAUGACUUCAAGCUGUAUCUAGAAUAUAUUCACAGAUAUGAGAGCUUUGCCAGAAUAUUGAUUUCAGAGAACAUAUCAAUUAAAUAUGAAAACUUUACCCACUUCGAAAAAAUAAUUGCCAAAAUUGUCUCUUCGAUCUACAAAAAAAUCAGGAAGGCUCUUAAGAAUCCAACUGCUUUAGAAUGUUCAAAUCUGGAAGAAUUUUUAGGUCAUGUAUGCAAGGAAUUAAAUAAAGAGCUGGUGAUUUCACCGAAUGAUGUAAAAACAACAUUGUUCAAAAAUGAAGAUUGUAAGAAUGUUCUCCAAUUUUCUAAUGACAUUGAUGAGUUUUUAGCAAAAAUGGAAGGGCAAAUAAUUACAGACUUAAAAGAUUUGAAUACAGAUGCUUUUCUUUCCAACCCCACCCAAAAUGCUGAGGAGGUUCUCUUUAAACGUGUGGUCGGAUGUGGGAAACAAUGUCCAUUCUGUAAGGUCCCAUGUGAGGCUGGAGGUGAUGAUCAUGAUACACAUCGGGCAUCUGUCCAUCGUCCAAAAGGACUAGCAAGACACAAAUGGGUGGGUCGCAAUGUCUUGUGCAAUGCCACAUGCUCUGCUGAUAUAAUUACCAAAAAAAAAUUUAAGAACAGUGAGACAAAGGGAGAAUUCCGCUUUUACAGUGAUUAUCAGAAAAUCUAUCCUGAUUGGGAAAUAGAACAUGAAACGAGUUCUGCUGCCUACUGGAAGUUUGUCUUCAAAGAGUUUAACAGUCAGUUUGCAGAGGAGUACGGAGCUAAACCCGCUCAUAUUUUGGAAGAAUGGAAAAACAUUACUCGAGAGGAGGCUCUGGAAAGCUUGAAGGAAAUGUAUAAAGCAAAUGAUUUUGCAUCUUCCUUGAUUGACAGCUGUCAUGAUUUUGUUACCCAAAAAGUUAUUAUAAGAGAAGAUUACAAUGAAAUCUACUGCAGGGAUUUGCUAAAAUUGGUCAAUGAAAAGCUAACAUCAUCUGCUGCUGAGAAGCUUUGCACUAAACCCUUGUUUGAGCUGGACCUGAAGCUUCAUAUCCUGAGUAAGGCGGCUGUGCAAUUUGAGAAGAUGCACAAUGACUUUAUACAAGAAAAUGACCCAAAACACAUUCUCGGCAAUCUGAAAUUACAUUACUUUUCCUGUUUUAACAAUAUAUUGCAGCAACAAAAUGCCUCUAAAGAUUGUGCAAAACGCUUCUGUGAAUCAUGUCUGAAGCCGGCAAUUAUUGAAUACAUCAAUAAAAACCUUAGUGGAGAGAUGGUGGAUGACAUGCUGGACAGCGAUGACUCAUCAAAGUAUAAAAGUCGCAGUAUCUUCCAAUACCACGUCCUCAAGGAAUUACUAGAAAAGAAUGACUUCAAGCUGUAUCUAGAAUAUAUUCACAGAUAUGAGAGCUUUGCCAGAAAAUGGAUUUCAGAAAACAUAUCAAUUAAAUAUGAAAACUUUACCCACCUCGAAAAAAUAAUUGCCAAAAUUGUCUCUUCGAUCUACAAAAAAAUCAGGAAGGCUCUUAAAAAUCCAACUGCUUUAGAAUGUUCAAAUCUGGAAGAAUUUUUAGGUCAGGUAUGCAAGGAAUUAAAUAAAGAGCUGGUGAUUUCACCGAAUGAUAUAAAAACAACAAUCUUCAAAAAUGAAAAUUGCUCAAAUGUUCCCCAGUUUUCUAAUGACAUUGAUGAGUUUUUAAAAGAAACGAAAGGACAAAUAAUUACAGACUUAAAAGAUUUGAAUACAGAGUCUUUUCUUUCCAAUCCCUCCCUAAACGCUGAGGAGGUUCUCUUUAAACGUGUGGUCGGAUGUGGGAAACAAUGUCCAUUCUGUAAGGUCCCAUGUGAGGCUGGAGGUGGUGAUCAUGAUACACACAGAGCAUCUGUCCAUCGCCCAAAGGGACUAGCAAGACACAGAUGGGUGGUUCGCAAUAUCCUGUGCAAUGCCACAUGCUCUGCUGAUAUAAUUACCAAAAAAAAAUUUAAGAACAGUGAGACAAAGGGAGAAUUCCGCUUUUACAGUGAUUAUCAGAAAAUCUAUCCCGAUUGGGAAAUAGAACAUGAAACGAGUUCUGCUGCCUACUGGAAAUUUGUCUUCAAAGAGUUUAACAGUCAGUUUGCAGAGGAUUACGGAAGUAAACCCGCUCAUAUUUUGGAAGAAUGGAAAAACAUUACUCGAGAAGAGGCUCUGGAAAGCUUGAAGGAAAUGUAUAAAAUAGAGUGA